AUGAAUGUUGAUCAGCCAAAAAAGGCUUCAAUGAAACUUCCGAAAAUUCCUCUUCCAACUUUUAGCGGAAAAUUUGAGGAAUGGAACUUGUUCAAAACUCAAUUCAAUAGUCUAAUAAAUGAAAAUCCCGAACUUUCUGAAAGUGAAAAGCUUCAUUACUUACGCGGUUCAUUAAAGGGAGAAGCAAAAAUUCUAGAAACGACUGACGAUAGUUUUUCUUCACUCUUUAAAGCUUUAGAACAAAGAGACGAAAACAAAAGAAUAAUUGUCGACUGUCACAUUAACAACAUUCUUAAUAUUCAACCAAUUAAACACGAAUCUGCUAAAGAUCUUCGUAUCAUUUUGGAUAAUGUUAAGAAAAACCUAAGAUCGCUAAAACUCUUAGAUUUCGCAAGAGACAAAUUAUCUAAUGCAAUUUUAUUGAAUGUUGUUCUAGAAAAAUUAGACCGCGAAACAAGAAAGCAAUAUGAACUAACUCUUAAAGAUAAGGAAGUUCCAGAUUUUGAUGCAUUGCUGGAAUUCUUAGAAAGAAGAUGUCAAAUCUUAAAUAGUAUUAGUGCGAAUAUUUCAUGUAAAUCCAAAUCCUUUAUUGUUAAAUCUAAUAACAUUUCGAAAAUAUGUGUCGCGUGUAAAACUCAAACACAUCAAUUGUAUCACUGUGAUAAAUUUAAAGCAAUGAAAUUGUCCGAAAGGAUAGAUCUAGUUAAAAAGUAUCGGCUUUGUUUCAACUGUUUAAGCGAUCGUCAUUUAGUCUCCCAAUGUAAUUCGAAAAGUUCUUGCUUCGUUUGUAAGAAAAAAUUGAAUCAUCAUACUUUACUUCAUAAAUACGUAAACUGCAUAAACAGCAGACAAAAUAACGCAGAUUGUGGUGGUUCGACGGGAACGCCUCAGAUUCAAUCGCAAGGACUAAGCCAACAACAGAACAUAAGCAAUUCUGAAUUUGACUCGCAAAUGUCAGAAAAUACUCGCGUCUCUUUCUUUUUUAAUGGGAACGAGAAAACUGUUUUGAUAAAUACAGUAAUAGUUUAUGUUAGAAAUUCUACUGGCAUAAGAAGGGGCUUACGCGCAAUUUUGGAUUGUGCAAGUGAAAGUUCAUUCAUUUCGGUUAGGGCAGCGGAAGCUUUGGGUUUGAAAAGGGAAAGAAUAAAUAUUCCGAUAAGUGGAUUGAAUGAUUCAGCGCUAAAUAUUAAGAAGAAGAUAUCAGCUCACUUGUCUAAUAAAGGGGAUGAUUCGCAUUGGGAAAUCGACUUAUUAAUUGUGCCAAAAAUCACAGAUUUCACGCCUUCUAAGAAAAUUAAUAUCGCUCAUUUAAACAUUCCAAACGAUGUAUGCUUAGCAGAUCCAGCGUUUUAUAUUCCACAAAAAGUAGAUAUUCUUUUGGGUGCAGAAUUAUUCUUCGCAUUUUUGAAGGCAGAUAAAAGAAAGCUGAAAGAUAACUUGUAUUUACAAUCGAGUUGUUUUGGUUAUCUUGUUUCGGGUAGCAUUUCAGACAGCAGCUCUGAUCAUUCCGCAAAACACUGUUUUUUGUCAAAAAAUUUGGAAACUCUCAAUAUUACUCUAACUAAUUUCUGGGAAAUCGAAGAAGUCGAAAAUCACACGCCCUGUAGUGAUGAUGAAUUAAACUACUGCAAUGAACACUUCGCAAAAACGCAUUUCAGGAAUUCGGAUGGUAGAUACGUAGUUCAAAUGCCAUUCAAACCAGAUUGUUCUGAAAUCAUGCUAGGAAAUUCUAAACAAACGGCAUCUAGAAGGUUAGAUCAACUAUGGAAACGAUUAGAACGGGAUCCGGCUAUGAAAGCGCGGUAUACAGAAUUUCUUAACGAAUACAAAACUUUGAAUCACAUGAAAGAAAUAAAAGAAGAUAAGGGAACAGAUGUCAGGUACUAUCUUCCUCAUCACGGUAUUUUUCGACCAGAUAGCAAAACUACUAAAUUGCGCGUAGUUUUCAACGCAAGUGCGAAAACAACCAGCGGACAUUCUUUGAAUGAUUUAUUGAGUAAAGGAGGGGUAAUUCAGGAAGAUCUAUUUUCAAUUCUAAUUAGAUUUAGAAAGUAUAUUUACGCAUUUACCACUGACAUUAAACAAAUGUUCAGGAUGAUUGAAGUAGAUUCUUCUCAAACUAAGCUACAAAAAAUAUUAUGGAAAGAGAGUGAAUUUGCACCAACUAAGAUUUACCAGUUACAAACUGUCACGUAUGGGACUGCAUCUGCUCCGUACUUAGCAACGAAAGUUUUACAGCAACUUGCAUUGGACGAGGGAAAGGACUUUCCUAUGGCGUCCACAGCCGUUCUUCAAGAUUUCUACAUGGAUGAUUGCCUUUUUGGUAGUUCCAACUUGAAGGAGUGUUUGAAUCUUCAGUUAGAAUUGACGCAACUUCUCCAAAGAGGGGGCAUGAAUUUACACAAGUGGUGCAGCAACGAAGGUUCUACGACCGAACUUCAGGAAUUUCCUCUGGACAGAAAUUCUGAAGAAAUUGUAGUUAAGAAGCUAGGAAUGCUCUGGAAUAGCUCAAGUGAUUCAUUUAUGUACAAGGUUAGCAACAAUCCAAAUCGCAAUUUCACCAAACGAGAUGUACUUUCAGAAAUCGCACGCAUCUACGAUCCACUUGGACUUUUAGGCCCUGUCAUCUCCAAGGCAAAAAUAUUUAUGCAACAAUUAUGGCUACUUAAAUUAGACUGGAAUGAAACGCUCCCUCCAGAAAUUGCGGAGCAAUGGUACAACUUCGUCAAAACAUUCCCUGAGUUGCUAUCUAUCCAAGUGCCUAGAUGUAUUUUAAAAUCCGACACCAAGUCUGUUAUACUUCAAGGUUUUUCAGAUGCAUCUUCAAAGUCUUAUGGUGCAGUUAUAUAUGUGAAACUGUUUCCCAAACCAACGAAAUAA